CAGUUAAUGUUUAAGUUUCCUGAAUGAAUCCUUUAUAAAGCUGGUGAUUUAUGGAAUAAACACUUAAUAUACCUCGCCGUUGGUGAGGAUAAGUGUUUAUUUUGUAGUUAGUUAAUAAGGGUAUUGCCAUAAACAUGGCUUUGAAAACCAUUUGUUUUGUGUCGAUGUUAGUGAGUGCGCAAAGCUCCGUGGUGAACCUUCGGGGACGACAUAUUGCGUCCAGUGAAAAUGGAAGAAACAAGCCGCAGCACGAGGCCUCAAUUGCCCCAGACAAAUAUAUAGCAGGUGGCCACCCAGCAGCGAUAGGCCAGUUCCCGAGUAUAGCUCGGCUGUCCAUCAAGACCACGACUGACACCCUCCUAUGCGCCGGCUCUCUCAUUGGUGAGCGCAACGUCCUGACCGCCGCGCACUGUCUGGACCACGACAUCAAGUACUAUCAGGACAUCUCCAUCUAUUUAGGGGAGUACGACCGCAAGAGCUACCCAGUGGACUGUGUGAAGCACAAAUGCGUCAAAAACAAACUGGUAUAUCCGGACAAGAUUUUGAAGCAUCCUGGCUAUAACAGCGUUACGGUAGAAAACGAUAUUGCACUGAUGAGACUGCAGAAACCGGCACCGAUCUCGGCCUACAUCCAGCCUAUACCUCUGCCACCAUUUGACGUCGACCAUCCCAUAAAUAAAGGCGUCUCACUCGCCAUUAUCGGUUGGGGCGAAACGGAGUCUGCCUACUCGUCUAACAUCCUCCUAGCCACCGAACUCAGUCUCAUACCUAAGGCAGAAUGCUUGAGGCAAGAAUCUGAUGUUCCCGCUAAGCAUAUGUGCGCGGGCGACAUUAAGGGCAAAGACACCUGUCCUGGAGACUCCGGCGGCCCACUUCUCAUGUAUUACCAAGAAAAAUAUUACUUAUCAGGCAUUGUCAGCUAUGGACCUGCUAUGAAGUGCGGGACUUCUAAAAUAGGAUACUAUACAAAUGUUUACAAGUAUAUGAAGUGGAUUAAAGAGAAUAUGAAGUAAUUCAAUAAUUAACUAUAUACGUUCAUCAUCAGAGUAACUAACUGAUAUAUAUUUCUAAGACGAGACGUAUGCAUUACAGUCGCGUUAGAUUUAAUCAUAAUAAAUAAUAACAAAAUGA